CUCCCUCGGCCUCCUCUUCCCCCUCUGAGCUGCAGUAAAAUGCGACCCCUCUCCUAUAAACUCUCCUCCUUCGGCCCAUUAAUGUCAUUAACAGGUGUUGGUCUAAAAUAGACGCUCAGCAGAAGCAGCGUGAGCCGACCACCCUGCUGCAGCUCCGUCGCAUUAUUUACUGCUGCAGACGUGUUGGUGGACAUACAAACACACAGUAGCCCCCCUCCACCUCCAUAAGUGGAAGCACCUCCCUCCACCUCCUCCUCCUCCUCUCUGCUCUCGCUGAGCUUCCAGUUCCUCCUGAACUCAACAACACAGCAAACAGAGUUCUGGACGGAACACAGACAUCCUGAUUCUCGCCUCCGUCUCUUCCCGUUUUAUCCGUCCGCCUCCUGAUCUGCUGCAGCUCCAUUCAGACGUCUGUUCGCCUGAUUUCACCGUCCUGCCCACUGCUUUCCUCCUCAUCCUCCUGUUUUCAGUAGAAAACCCUCGGCUGUAGCCUCCGACCUCCAGGAUGUGGUCCAACUUCUUCGUGCAGCAGGAUGAGGAGGGUCGGAUUGGGGUGGCCGGCGCCGGUCAAGGCGGAGGUCUGGGCGGGAUGAAGGGCGGCAGAGGUCAGCGGAGGGUCCACAGGAUGAGCGACAGCCAAGAGGGGAAGAUCAAGCUGGCCUUCUUCGUGGCCAUCAUCGGCGUGACGCUGACGGUGCUGGGGAUGGACGAGUUCUGGGUGGAGCUGGCCCAGCCCAAGAACCUCGGUGGGAACCAGACCUGCCAGAUGGCCCACUACGGUCUGUGGAAGGGCUGCAUCCGGACGCUGUGGGUGGCCGACAUCGACCCGGAGAGGGAGAGCUGUGGUCCAGUAGAACUUCCUGGAGAAUCCAAUUGCACCUACUUCAAGUUCUUCACCUCUGGAGAGAACGCCGUCAUCUUCAAGAAGACAACCAAUAAGAAUCUGAACCUGGCUGCAGCCAUCCUGGCCCUCCUCAGUCUGACCAUGAUGGUGAUGGGUUCCCUCUGCAUCGCCAUGGCGCUCAGCAAAGGAGUCGCCUUCUUCCUCAAACCAGCCUCCUUCUGCUUCAUCCUCUCAGGUGUGCUGGUUCUGCUCUCGGUGCUGAUCUUCCACCAGUCUGUUCUGGCUCUGCUGUCCAGCGACCACUCGGUUCCUCUACACCACGAGCUCUCCUGGUCGGUGGCCUGUGUCGGGUCGGCCGGAGCCAUCCUCAUCUUCGGGGGUCUCCUCUUCAUCAUCCUCUCGCUCCCCUUCAGCCCCUGGCAGAAAUGUCUGCCGCACAAGAACAGCGCCACCUAGCCAGCCCAAAUAUGCACACACUGUUCUGGAUGUCAUGUUUUAGAGCAACUACUGUGAGCUUGUUAUUCUCCAGAGAAGGUCUUAAUCACACAGAUGAGGAGGAGUCAGCACAAACACAACACACGGAGGUUAGCAGGACGUAGUUUUUGUAAUUUUUAGUAGACAGUAGAAGAAGAAGCUGCAGCUGAUGUGUUUACGUGUAAAAGUGUCGCUAUAUUAGGCUGAACAGGAGCUAGUGUUUCUGCUCCAGAAGUAGGGUGAAUCAUUUUUUAUUGCUCAGACACUUUUCUAUUUUUGUAGUCUGUUUUGUAUGGAAGCCCGAGUCUGCCAAGAAAAAAAAAAAGCUAGUUGAAAACACAAAUGAAAAAUGUGUUUCCCCAGAAGUGUUCUCAGACGACACAAAACGACAAAAACAAGACAGAAAAUGACCAAAACUGAGACAGAAAAUGACAAAAAUGAGACAAAAGGACAAAAAUGAGACAGCAAAUGACAAAAAAUAAGACACAAACGACACAAACGAGACAGAAAAUGACAAAAACGAGAAACAAACAAAAAAACGAGACAGAAAAUGACAAAAACGAGGUACAAAAUGAAAAAAACGAGACACAAAAAACAAAAACGAGACAGAAAAUGACAAAAAUGAGACAAAAGGACAAAAAUGAGACAAAAGGACAAAAAUGAGACAGCAAAUGACAAAAAAUAAGACACAAACGAGACAGAAAAUGACAAAAACGAGAAACAAACAAAAAAACGAGACAGAAAAUGACAAAAACGAGGUACAAAAUGACAAAAACAAGACACAAAAAACAAAAACGAGACAGAAAAUGACAAAAAUGAGACAAAAGGACAAAAAUGAGACAAAAGGACAAAAAUGAGACAGCAAAUGACAAAAAAUAAGACACAAAUGACAAAAACGAGACAGAAAAUUACAAAAAUGAGACACAAACAACAAAAACGAGACAGAAAAUGACAAAAAUGAGAAAUGACAAAAAUGAGACACAAACAACGAAAACGAGACAGAAAAUGACAAAAAUGAGGCAAAAGGACAAAAAUGAGACAGCAAAUAACAAAAAGUGAGACACAAAAUGACAAAAAUGAGACACAAACAACAAAAAUAAGACACAAAAUGACAAAAAUGAGACAGAAAUUGACAAACGAGACAAAACGACAAGAUGAGAGAAAAUGACAAAAACGAGACAGAAAACUGCAUAAAUGAGACAAACGACAAAAAUGAGACACGAAACAACAAAAACAAAAUACAAAAUGGCAAAUAGCAAGACAGAAAAUGACAAAAACAAGAUAAAAUGAAAAAAUGACAAAAACGAGACAAAACUACUAAAAUGAGACACAAAGCGAGAUAGAAAACAAAAAAAGGAGACACGAAAAUGACGACACACAAAUGACAAAAACAAGACUGAAAAUGACAAAAAUGAGACACAAAAGGACAAAAAUGAGACAAAACGACAACAACAAGACACAACAUAAAGAGACAUGUAUAACAGGCUUAAAGGUAGAAAUAAGCUGUUAAUCAAACCCUGUUAGCAUCAGAUGAUCUUUCUGAUGCUGUUAGUCGGUAAAGUUGCUUCUAUCUGAGUUCUUUAGUCUUUUAAAUGUUCUUUGGAUGUAGCUUUGUGUGUCAGACGGAUGUGAGAAGAGAUUAAAACCACAUUUUGUAUAUCGAUUGGUUGUAUAGACUCACUUUCUGAGCUCAGCGCUGUACAUAAGAUGAAGGUGUUCCACAUUUCCUCACUGUUUGUGGUGUCGUCGGGCAGAUUUCUACCGCAGGGAACACAAACGGAGCUUUAACCAAUCAGAACGUAGAAAAAGCGGAUUUUUGAAAAGCUUGUAGAACUGUAAACAAAUGGGAAUUCAUUCAGAAACUGCCAUGUAAUUGUUUGCCAGAUGUUUAUCUCAAACAGAAAUAUUCAAUAAAAUUCUAAAACUUAAAAAAACGA